AUGGGAAGUGUAUGUGGAUCAGGUAAGCGACAAUCAUCAUCAACAAUUAAGCCGAAAGAAAAAGCAUCUGACACGCACGAAAGAGUAACGUUCAUCUCUGCUAAUAACACCGAGUUAUCAGACCUCCAGUCUUACUUUAUCGCCCAGCAAGGCAUGAACCGAAAAAUCAAAACUUUAUACGAAGCUGUUUUCGCCCAUGAGGAUCAGCAGAUUUUUACUAUUGACUUGAAAUUUAUUGACCUCUGCACCAAUCAUUCGCAUCUGGCCACAAUUCUCCCGUCUUUUUCUAACCUUAAUAGUCUGAAUCUAUGAAAGGCUAGGCUGGGAGCUGAAGGAAUUAAAGAUCUUGCAAAGCCAAUUCAAAGUUUGAGCAAGCUGAAGUAUUUAUCUUUAGCUGAUAAUAAUCUGGGCUCUGAUGGAAUUCAUCACCUUUGCACAGCAUUUGCUAAGCUUGAAUCAUUGCAAACAUUAGAACUCCAUAUUAAUGGUAUCGGACCUCAAGGCGCAGAAAUUUUAGCCAAGGACCUUCCAAAGUUGCAAAAACUCAACACAAUCAGCCUAACUGAAAACGAAAUCGGCCCCGAGAAGAUCAAAUUUUUGAUUGCUGCAUUUGUUGCCAUGCCGAACUUGCAAACCAUUUUCUUAUCACAGAAUGCAAUUGGAGAUGCAGGUGCAAAACACUUUUUAGACAAUAUCGAGAAAUUGCAGCACAUCAAGACACUUAGUUUAGAAGGAAACGAUAUUUCUGGGGAUAUGAUUGAGGACCUAGUGGAGGAAUCUCCAAGUAUAAACUUUAAGUUUUAG